AUGGAAAUGCGUCAAGUCCCUUAUCACGCUUCCCAGCCCAUCGUCAUCUCCGGCCCCUCGGGCGUUGGGAAGGGAACACUUAUCACCAAACUUUGCGAGUCUCACCCCGAGAUUUUCUCUACUGUCGUGUCACACACCACGCGUCCUCGACGCCCGGGCGAAAUACAAGCCGUUCACUACCAUUUCACGACCGAAACCGAAUUCCAGAGUCUCUACGCACAAGGAAUCUUUAUCGAAUGCACUGUCUACAACGGCCAUCACUACGGCACAUCAUUCCAUGCGAUUGAGGAUGUGAUAGAGCGAGGGAUGGUGCCAUUGUUGGACAUCGAUAUGGAAGGUGUCAAAGCGAUGAAAAAGUUCAAGAAGAUGUGUGCACGAUACGUCUUUAUAGCACCCUUGAACUUGGAGGUUCUGGAGACGCGACUUCGUGAUCGAGGUACAGAGGACGAAGAUACUGUCCAGAAGCGGCUUGCGCAGGCAAAGAUGGAACUUGACUACGCUGCUAGACCAGGAGCCCACGAUUUGACCAUUGUCAACGACGAUCUGGACGCAGCACUAAGAACCUUGGAAACCUUUGCACUUUCAACAGAACCACUUCCGCCAAGACAAAAGACGUUGUGGGAAAAGGUAGAGACGUGGUUCGAGGUCAAGUUGAGAUGGCUUCAUUGA